UUUGUCAAGAAUGAGGAAAGGCGUUCAUGUUGCGUGAACAAGCCCACAGGGACUAUAUACAACUAAUGUCAAGUCGGCUCUGUUACUCCUCAGCCAUGGGAACCUUUUUAGACCGUCCAGUGAUACUGUUUCUCUUUUUGUCAUCGGCAUCAAACGUUUUUGGUUCCAACAUCUGCACAUCACGAGGAGUUACUACUUGUCAACAGUGCUUGGCUGUUCACCCCAGCUGUGCAUGGUGCUCUCAGGAGGAGUUUGGGAAAGGGGGAUCCAGCGCAUCCCACUGCGACCUGAAGGAGAAUCUGCUGAAUGGAGGGUGCAGUAAGGCGAAUUUGGAGUUUCCCACCAGCACCCUGACUAUUCAGGCGGAUGCGCCACUCAGCGACAAGGCCUCGGGGUCUGCUGAUGACAUCACUCAGAUAAAGCCUCAGAAACUCCGUAUGACACUAAGACCAGGUGAUGCUAAGCGUUUCACGGUGUCAGUGAAACGGGUGGCAGAUUACCCAGUGGACCUCUACUAUCUGAUGGAUCUUUCAUAUUCAAUGAAGGACGACUUGGCUCGCCUUCGCACCUUGGGCAAUGAGCUUGCUGAGGCAAUGGGCCGCACCACAAGCAACCUGCGAAUGGGGUUUGGAGCCUUUGUGGACAAGACCACGUCCCCUUACAUGUACAUGUAUCCGCCAGAGGCAGUGAAGAACCCUUGCUAUGGAAUUAGCACUAAUUGCCAGGCUCAAUUCGGAUUCAAGCAUGUGCUGUCACUGACGGACAAAGUGGCUCGCUUCACUGAGGAGGUGAAGAAGCAGCAGGUGUCUAGAAAUAGAGAUGCUCCGGAGGGUGGAUUUGAUGCUGUCAUGCAGGCUGUUGUGUGCAAGGAGAAGAUUGGCUGGCGUCCAGAUGCCUCACACCUUCUGGUGUUCACCACUGACGCCGUAACUCACACCGCUCUAGAUGGACGUUUAGCUGGAAUUGUCCAGCCCAAUGAUGGACAAUGUUACCUUGAUAAUGACAACCUUUACAACAAAUCUACCGUGCUGGACUAUCCCUCCUUGGCGCUUAUGACAGAGAAAAUGUCUGAAAACAACAUAAAUUUAAUUUUUGCUGUGACCAGCUAUGUGGUGUCGCUCUACAAGGAGUACAGUCAGCUCAUUCCAGGAACCGUGGUAGGAACACUGUCAGAUGACUCUGGGAAUGUUAUUCAGCUAAUUGAGGAGGCUUAUGCGAACAUCCGCUCUAAAUUGGAGCUGGAGCUACUGGACGUCCCAGAAGAGUUGAAUCUCCUCUUCAAUGCCACUUGCCUAAAAGGAGAGGUCAUCCCUGGACUCAAGUCCUGCUCUAACCUCAAGAUUGGAGACACAGUGUCAUUUAGCGUGGAGGCUCAGUUACGUGGCUGCCCUAAAGAAAAGAGCCGCACUUUUACCAUUAAACCUCUAGGCUUCAAGGAUUCCCUGGAGGUCACGGUGGAUUUUGCCUGUAGUUGCGACUGUGCGGCAAGGGCUGAAACCAACAGCUCCUUCUGUAGCAACGGCAACGGGACCCAUGAGUGCGGUGUGUGUCAGUGUCACCAGGGUCGUCUGGGCCCGCGAUGUGAGUGCUCAGCGGAGGACUACACUCCGUCUGCUGAUGAAAACUGCAUCUCGAAGCCAGGCAGCCCAAUCUGCAAUGGGAGAGGCAACUGUUUGUGUGGACAGUGCUCCUGCCAUGCAAAUGAGUUUGGUCAGGUGUGGGGCAAAUAUUGCGAAUGUGACAACUUCAACUGCUUGCGCUUCAAAGGGGCACUGUGCUCUGAUCAUGGGAAGUGUAGCUGUGGGUUCUGCCAGUGUGAUGCUGGCUGGAAAGGAGAAAACUGUAACUGCAGCACACGCAUCGACACCUGCAUGUCCAGCAUCGGCCUGCUGUGCAGCGGCCGGGGUAACUGCGAGUGUGGGGUUUGUCAGUGCACACAGCCUGGUGCCUACGGAUCUACCUGUGAGAAAUGCCCCACCUGUCCUGAUUCCUGCACUAUAAAAAAGGAGUGUGUUGAGUGUCGGCACUUCAAGAGAGGACGGUACACUGAAGACAACAGCUGCAGUAGAAUCUGCAAAGAUGAAAUAAAACUAGUGGAUAAACUGGUUUUACAUGACAAAGAUGGGAAUGCAGUGAAUUGCUCUUACAAAGAUGAAAAUGACUGCGUGGAGCACUUCCAGUAUUACGAAGAUGAAAGUGGCAAAUCCAUUCUGCUUGUGGUAAAAGAGCCAGAGUGUCCUCAGGGUCCAGACAUCUUGGUGGUGCUCUUGGCGGUGGUUGGAGCCAUUCUGCUACUGGGCCUUGUUGGCCUUCUCAUCUGGAAGCUGCUGGUCACCAUCCACGAUCGCAGAGAGUUCGCCAAGUUUGAGGAGGAGAGAGCCAAAGCCAAAUGGGAUACGGCUCACAAUCCUUUGUAUAAAGGAGCCACCUCCACCUUCACCAAUGUAGCAUACAGAGUCAACUAACGACUAAAUACAAUGAGAAAACUCAGGGGUCAACGACAGAGAUGCAUUGUAGUAGCAGAGAGAUGGAUGGGAAGAAGAUCCUUUACACUGUCAGGUGACCGGCUACUGUAGCUGAAAAGUAGUUAAUGCUGUCAACAACAUCAUUUUGUAAAAAUAACUAAAACUGUUAAUGCAAGUCACAGAUGAUUGCCUGCUGUUAUGCUUGUUGAUUUUUCACUGUGUCAUGCCUACAGACUGCACUAAAUACUAUACAAUCAGAAAGGAGUUAAUUAACAUAAAGAACUACACUGUCAGUUUACCGUACGAGGAAUUGCUGCUUUGUGGUAUUUUUAGGAGGCUUUCCUAUUUGUUGUUCAAGAUUCUUUAGUAUUGCUUUUUAGUUUUGCUCAUGUUUUAAAGUAGAAAUAGGAAUCACUAUCAUCUAAAAAAAAUACAUUAAUGAAUGGACAUUUUGUGGUCCUCUUCAGUGUUGUUUACCAUGUUUGAUGUAUUAUUUACACCUAAGCCUUGUGUUUUGAAAAUGUUAUUUGCUCUUUCAGAGCGCAGCCUUUUUUAAAGUUCCCUUUUUCCUAAAUAGAAAUGGGCAAUUCCAAACAAAUCACAGCAAAGUUUAUCGAUAAACAUAAAAUGUGUACUAUAUUUAUAAAUUAUUAAAACAUGCUAAAAGGGGUGUUAAGUACCUGAACGAUAACUUUUUUCUAUUACAAAUUUAAUUGUAGUAAUGAGAUGAGAAUGCAGCACUCUGCUGAGUUACAGUAAAAAGGAGUAAAACUUUUUAACUACAGCAUCUAGGCUGACUUGGUUUACAGUGAUUUUUGUGGACUAUAUUGUUUUUGAAAUGCAUUUCAGCAAUGUUACUUUUACUUUGACAUGUUCCUUUAUCUCUGCAUCAUCACCUGUUUUUGUUUUCUUUGUUUUUUUAUUGUUCAUUUUGUUUGUAAAUUUGUUUGAAACAAUUAUGGCCUGCCCUGCCGUUGCUGAAAUGUAAAUUGUUUGAUUUAUUUCAAUAUUCUCUUAAGCCAUACUGUGUUACACUGAAAUGGAAUUAUUUUUAUUUGUGUAUAUGGGCAGAUUUGAUUGCACAUCAAAUUAUAUUGGCCAUAAUGCCCUGCAAUUGUUAAUAAGAAACCAACUUGAUCUUUUGUAACUUCUAUAUGGGAGAAAAGACUUUAAGUUCAUUGUAUAGAUAGUAUUUCUGCAACAAGAUGCCUGGGCUUUUGCUCUCUCAGUUUGUUGUACAGAGGGAAUGCUUUAAGAUUCAUUUUACCUGACUUGACCAACUUUUGUGUGAUGCUUUACAUUUGGGUUCUUUAAACAAAUGUCCAAACUGCUUUUACCCUUUAUUAAGAUCAGACUUAAAAAUACCUAAAAGAAAGUUUUUUUUGAGAUUCAUAUUUCUGAAAUCAAACAAUGAGUUGUCUAAAAUCUCUGAAAUAGAAAUACUUAUCUAACUCUUUUCUUUAUUCACUUUGUGUGACAUUACAUUACAUUUUGGAUGAACAUUAUAAUAAAUAUCACAGAUGCCCUGUGUGAUUUUA